UACAUACGCAAUGGCUCUAGCUUUCAAAACUGGUCGAUCAGUCGUUCGGCCUAACCGCCCCACGACCGGAGCACACCCUGUCAGGGUGGCCGUUUGCCGGGCUACUCCACGAGAGGGUGAUCUGAACGGAGCAAAAUAUGUUGGUGCAUCCAUCGCUGCUUUUUUUACCGGAGCUUCGCUACUCCUUGAUACAGGUAUGGCUCAUGCGGGCGGUCGUGGCCAAGUUGCCGAGUUCGCGGCCAGCGGGCUGCUGUUCAAGGACACCGUGGAGGUGACGGCGCUAGAGGACCCGGAAAUCCAAGGCGUCACCAUAUACUUCUCCGACUUCAAGCGCAACAUCGUUGACAAGCUGGCCAAGGACUUCUUCUCGGAUCCAUCCCAGGCGUCCCUCACAUGCGUGGUGACGGGCCCCGUCACUAUCAAGGAUGUGAAGCGGAUCAGCUCCGGGGAGGGUGAGGAGGUCUUCAGCGAGCAGAAAGGCCUCAACAUCUUCAAAAACAAGACGCUGCGCGUACGGCGUGUGUACGACGUGGAGCGGCGUACGGUAAUCUAUGUGGCGUACAGUACUCGGCUCUCCACUGCCACGGACGAGGGCGGUGUGUCUACGGGGCGUUACAGGACGUCCAUGUGCGCCGUGGCGCUGCCGCCGCCUGCAGCCGCGCCGCCACUGGUGCCCGUCGCUUCCCCUUCUACCGACGCCUCCGCCGCCAUUGCCAACCCCGUCGCCGCUGCGCUCCCAGACUCUCCUUAAUCCUCCUUCGCCCUUCCUCCCCUUGACGAUAAACCCUCUGAGCGGGCAGAUGCGGGGAACUGGUGAAGACAGGUCGGAGGCCUACCAAGGCUUUAAACCCCUUGGGUUCUGAACACCGGCUGGCUCGUACACCCAUCCAUCCAUCCAUCCUUGCACUUCCAUGUUAUGCAUGUAGGAUAUCCUACAUGACGUGAAUGAAGUCAUGUAGAGACAUUUUUGCACAUCUGGACGAGUUUGGUGAUGGUGGUGAUGACACUGGGUGCAGCAACAGCUGCUUCACUAUUGCACAUCCAUCGGUGUGUUGAUCUGUGUGUUGCACCACCUGCUGCUGGGGUUGGAGUUGCUGGAGUUCGAGUUGCGUCACUCGCUUCAGGUGUAACAACGACGGCCCAUGCGAGCAAGGCUCAGGCUGUCAUAGAUAGGUAGAUAGAUAUAGAUAGAUAGAUGGAUAGAUAGAUAGAUUACAUACGAAACGGCUUUAUCACUCAGUUCACGAAGACACACCCGCAAUUGCAGAUCGGGUUCCGGAGCAUGUGACCGAUUUGGUCCCCCCAGAAAUACUCUCGAAUGUAUGAUGUUGUUACAGGGUGGUAUAG